AUGGCAAGAAUGAGAAUUCAACUGGUGUGCAUGAUCCUGCUGGCUUUCACCUCCUGGAGUCUGUGCUCAGAUUCAGAAGAGGAAAUGAAAGCGUUAGAAGCAGAUUUAUUGACCAAUAUGUAUACAUCAAAGCUUAACAGAGCGAAACUUCCUUACUGGAAGAUGACCCUGCUCAAUGUGUGCAGUCUUAUAAACAACAUAAACAACCAAGCAGAGGAAACAGCGGAGUCUGAGGAAGAUGACCUCCUUCCGAGAGGACAGUUUCCUGCUGCUCUAGAUGGCUCCAGCUUGGAAGCGAUGCUGACAAUAUACCAGCUCCAAAAAGUCUGCCACAGCAGAGCCUUUCAGCACUGGGAGAUACUUCAACAGGAUGUUUUCAAUCAAGAGGAUUCAAACCAAGAUAUAAUGAAGAGAAAAACUCCUUAUAUCCUGAAACGGCAACUACACGUUAACAAAGCCAGAAGACCGUACAUACUCAAGAGAAGUUCAUAUUACUGA